GUGUACCGACUCGCUCAGAACGACACACCGUUAACAGGGGGUGAGGUUAGUUCCCGGUAGAGGGCAAUGAUGCUACUCAUAGUCAACUGAAGUAAACAUAAUGAGGAAGAAAAUAUAAAUAUAAAUCUUAAGUAACAUCGUGGCAGCGUCAGUAGAGAAGUAGAAGUGAUCCAGUGUCGAGUAAAGCGGUACUGUAUCAUAUACAGUACAUACAAACUUCAGCGUCUCAUCCCUGUGCUGCUAUUAUAGCAUUUUUAACUGCACUUAACUCAAUGUCUUUCAUUAUGAUGAGGAAAAAGAGGUUUAAAUUUAAAGUGGAUUUUGAACUAGAAGAGCUCUCUUCUGUACCGUUUGUUAACGGGGUUUUAUUUUGUAAAAUCAGAUUAACAGAUGGAGGUUUUACAGAGGCAUCAUCGAGAGAGUCGGUUGUAGCGAACUGUGUACAAUGGAGGAAAAAGUUCUCAUUCAUGUGCAAGAUGAGUGCGAGUGCUGGGACUGGAGUUCUGGAUCCAUGUGUGUGCAGAGUAUCUGUGAGAAAGGAGCUUAAAGGUGGAAAGUCAUUUAAAAAGCUUGGUUUUGUUGAUCUGAACCUGGCUGAGUUCGCUGGCUCAGGAUGCACAACACGCCGCUGCCUCCUGGAGGGCUAUGACACCAAGCGGACCCGCCAGGACAACUCUAUACUGAAGGUAGUCAUCAGUUUGCAGCUGAUGUCAGGUGAUCCCUGCUUCAAAACGCCCAUGUCUACAUCAACGACCAUCAGUUAUCCUGGAGAGACAGAGAGUCUUCAUGAAGACAGGAAAGGUGGCGAGAUUACAAAUGAAAACCCAGGAAAAAGCCGCUCUGGUUCUCUUCUUGAUGAGUAUGGGGGACGUGGUCACUCCAGAACCUCUAGCUACGCCAGCCAGCUGUCUAAGCUAUCAGACUACAGUACAAGUCACUCAUGCUCCUCUAGCCUGACUGAGCUCUCCCACAAAAGGAAUAUGUCUGUGGGUAGCGCCUCCAUAGGUGUGGGCAGCCUGCCAGAGAUCGAGGACAGAAAGACUUUCCCUCCUCAUCCUACUCACUCUACAGCUAGCGAACCCCAAAACCUCGCCUCUCUGUUACAUCCCAACAGCACAGACAGAGCCAAUAGGCACCUCACCAAGCAAGACUCAGUAGAAUCUCAGUUGAAGAGAAUGGAUGCUACAAGAGUAGAUGCAGAUGACAUAGUGGAGAAGAUCUUACAGAGCCAAGACUUCAGCCACAGUAUUCUGGACUCCAGUGCUGAGGAGGAAGGUCUGCGGCUCUUUGUUGGCCCUGGUGGCAGCACCACAAUUGGCACGAGACACACGAGGAUUGGUGCAGGCGCUUUUGAGCAGGUGGUUAUUAAACGCUAGACUGAUACAGAGCCGAGAUAAGGCGACAUCCUGUUCUGAUACGUGUGGUUUUGGCAUUUUGAAAGACUUGUGGCUAAGCAUCAAGACUGAAACAUCACGAUAGUCACGGAGAGGUCUCGGAACAGGAUGCUACAUCAACACCGUCUAGUGUUUAAAUUGAGCAGGGCAUUAGUUUUGCUUCUUUGAUAAUGCUGCUUUUCUCCCUACAGCUGGUCUGUAAUUCUCACACAUUAAGGUCAAUGGUAACAAUACAUUUUAGGACUGUAAAGAGAAGCUCUGGAGCUUCUGUUGGAUUGAUAAAUAAGAACUGCUUCUAUGUCAUGCAAAACGUUUUCUCUGGAUGUUUAUAAAGU